AUGCCAGCCCAGAAACUCAUCCAGAGCGAACCUGCGCCUGGGGUGAGCUAUUUCACUCCGGUACAGAACCCCCCAUCAGGAACUGCCGCAGAUCCCCAGUCCGAUGGCUCUAGGCCGCCAAAGCUCUUCCGGCCUCUGAAAGUAAGGGGUGUGACAUUCCAGAAUCGUAUUGGGCUAGCUCCUCUGUGCCAAUAUUCAUCAGACGAUGGACACAUGACAGACUGGCACAUGAGCCAUCUCGGAGGAAUCGCCAUGCGAGGGCCAGGCUUUGUCAUGACGGAGGCCACUGCUGUCCUCGCCGAAGGUCGGAUUUCGCCAGAGGACGCGGGGUUAUGGAAGGACUCGCAAAUCGAACCUCUGAGGCGGGUGGUAGAAUUCGUCCACAGCCAGAACCAAAAGAUUGGCAUCCAGCUCGCCCAUGCCGGGCGCAAGGCGAGUGCCUUGGCUCCAUUUCUCGCAGACACCGAAGUUGCACCGGAGCAUGCAAACGGCUGGCCAGAUAAUGUGAAGGGCCCCAGCGACAUCCCAUUCUCAGACACCUUGGCACAGCCCAAAGCAAUGACAAAACGGGACAUUGCGGAUGUGAAGGAAGCGUGGGGUGCAGCUGUGAGGCGUGCAGUGAAGGCUGGCGUGGAUUAUAUAGAGGUGCACUGCGCUCACGGCUAUCUGCUGUUUUCAUUUUGCUCGCCGGUCUCCAACAACCGCACCGACGAGUACGGAGGCAGUUUUGAGAAUCGAAUCCGGCUAACCAGCGAGAUCAUCACCAUCUCGCGCCAGAACAUGCCGAAGGACAUGCCCCUCUUCUUACGAAUCUCUGCCUCCGAGUGGCUAGAGGAGACCCGUCCGGACCUACCCAGCUGGAAAUCAGAAGACACAGUGCGGUUCGCGAAGAUAUUAGCGGAGAAGGGCGAGGUCGAUUUAUUGGACGUCAGCGCGGGUGGGAAUCACCCUGACCAGAAGAUCAUUCCGGGGCCGUGCUUCCAAGCGCACUUUGCUCAUGCGGUGAAGGAGGUUGUGGGCGACAAACUUCUCGUCGGAGCGGUCGGGAGCAUCAACAACGGCAUCGAUGCAGACGCGCUGCUGGAGAAAGGACUUGAUUUAGUACUUGUUGGUCGACUGUUUCUGAAGAACCCGAGCGUUGUGUGGCAAUUCGCGGAGGACUUGGGUACUGAGCUCAAGUUCGCUAACCAAAUCGGAUGGGCGUUUGGGAGGCGAGGCCCGCAGGGGUUCAUUAAGACAAAGAAACGAGAAGAGAAGAUCUAG